GUAAUACACAGUAAAAGCCGGUUUUGUUACAGGUCAUAUUAAUUCUAUUGUUAACAAAAGGAUUCUUAUGUAGUUCGGCAUUCCAAUGGCCAAGGAAGUGCAAGGAUAGCAUGAUUUGUAGCGUAAAACCGAAUUGGAUGACAGAAGAUUUGAAAACGAACAUAGAACAAGCCGCCAUCGCACUGAAAUUGAAGAACUCGAAUUCCCGUCCGAUAGUCGUGAAUUUCACUUCGUUUUCGGCAUCUACGCCGAAAAUAAUGCACAAUCCACCGGACUCGAAUUGCGCCUACGAAUCUUGGACCGAACAACCUUUCAUAGUGAAAAAUGAUAAUCACAUAAAAGCUGUUGUUCAAACUGAAUUCUUCAAACAACACAUAAACAUGGUUCAAUGCGCAACAUCACGCACGAGCCCCUCAAGCGAUCCGCUGCAGUGCUUCAGCAACGUGCUAGCUGCAGACGGAUCCAGAUGCGUGACCAAAAACACGGACAUCACCCUCUUGACCUACAAUGUGAAGACGGGGAAGGUUGACUGGACUCCAGUCAGGAUCCCCGUUUGCUGUACCUGUGUAAUUGAACCUUCGUGA